CCGCGAAGAGAGAAUUCGAAAGCGAAUUUAACGAUCGGCUAAUGUACAGUUAGAGUGGCUGCACGAUCGCGGAGACUGACUCGGUGCGAUAAAAAGCAUACGGGGAUAGCGGUACCACCAACCAUGUUCACUCGCGGCGUGUACUCUCUGCGUAUGCACAGGCAUCCUAUACAUACACCCGAGCAGACGUGUCAACCUGUUGUUAGGUUGAAGUGUCAAUCUGUUUCAAACAUCAGAAACUCGAAAUAAUACGAUAAAGUCGGUUACACGUAGCUGUGCUGAUAAAGACAAAAAAAUGAUAGUUUUGGAAGUUUAAUCGGCCCUCUCUUUUAAAAGGAUUGACUGCACGAUGGCAAAUAUUAGUGGUAGAGUCGCCAGAGAAGGCGAUAAAUCUGACAAAUUGAAAGAGGAUAAACAAAACGAAAAGGAUGAAACAAACUGGUGGAUUCUUUUUACAAUUAUUCUUCUACUGACAGCGGCAACAAGAUUUUAUAAGGUCACUGAACCUGAUCAUGUAUGUUGGGAUGAAACGCAUUUUGGCAAAAUGGGUAGUUGGUACAUUAACCGGACCUUCUUCUUUGACGUACACCCACCUUUGGGAAAAAUGCUCAUUGGACUAUCAGGGUACCUAACAGGCUAUGAUGGUACUUUUCCUUUUGAAAAACCUGGUGAUAAAUAUGAAGAUGUUAAUUAUAUAGGCAUGAGAAUAUUUUGUACAUUUUUGGGAGCUAGUAUAGUACCUUUAACAUUUUUAACUGUAUGGGAACUAACUAAAUCUACAACAGCAGCAUUUUUGUCAGCUAGCUUAGUUUUGUUUGAUAUUGGUUUACUCACAUUGAAUCAAUAUAUUCUAUUGGAUCCUAUUCUCUUGUGCUUCAUGAUGUGUGCUACGUAUGGCAUGGUACGUGUGGGAUCUUUGUAUAAAGAACCAUUCACAUUUUCAUGGUGGUUUUGGAUGACUUUCACUGGAAUAUCUCUUGCAUGUACAAUUAGUGUUAAAUUUGUUGGAUUAUUUGUAGUUUUAUUAGUAGGAUUUUAUACAAUUUAUGAACUUUGGAGGGAAUUAGGAGAUUUAAAUCAAUCUGUGAUCACUGUGGCAAAGCACUUAAUUGCAAGAAUAAUUUGUUUGAUAAUAAUACCUGUAAUGUGCUACAUGCUUUUUUUCUAUAUACAUCUCGCUGUCUUGAAUAAAAGUGGCAAUGGGGAUGGAUUUUAUAGUUCAGAAUUCCAGUCUCUACUUGAAGGAAAUUCUUUGUAUAAUGCAUCUAUGCCUAGACAUUUAGCUUAUGGUGCCAAAGUCACUUUGAAAAAUCAUCGUACUGGUGGUGGUUAUUUACAUUCCCACUGGCACCUAUAUCCUGAGGGGGUUGGUGCUCGUCAACAACAAGUUACUACAUACUCUCAUAAAGAUGAUAAUAAUUUCUGGUUAAUUAAAAAAUAUGAUAGUGAAGACAUUCCAUCAGAGCCUGUUCUGAUAAAACAUGGUGAUCUAGUACGCUUAGAACAUGUUAUUACUGGACGCAAUUUACAUUCCCAUAAAGAAUUUGCUCCUUUGUCAAAAAAGCAUUACCAAGUAACUGGAUACGGAGAGUCUGGGAAAGGUGAUGCGAAUGAUGUCUGGAAAGUAAUCAUAAAUCAUGGUCAAGAAGGAGAUUUGGUAGAAACAGUUACAAGUAAACUUAAAUUUGUUCAUUAUCUAAAUCAUUGUGCUUUAACAUCAAGUGGAAAAACAUUACCCAAAUGGGCUUACAGUCAACAGGAAGUAAGUUGCAAUCCUAACAUAAGAGAUAAAAAUGCCUUGUGGAACAUUGAAGACAAUAAUUAUGAUAAGUUGCCAAAUGUCAGCUUUCAAGUAUAUGCACCAGGGUUCUUGAAACGAUUUUUCGAAUCUCAUGCAGUUAUGUUGCAAGGUAACUCAGAUUUAAAAAUCAAAGAAGGUGAAGUUACUUCAAAACCGUGGCAGUGGCCAAUAAAUUAUAGGGGUCAGUUUUUCUCUGGAAAUAACAUUAAAAUCUAUCUUCUUGGUAAUCCAGUCAUUUGGUGGUCCAACAUCGGUUUUCUAUUAAUUUUCGCGAUCGUUUACUUGAACGCAUGUAUACGUGAACAAAGAGGACUUGAAGAAGAUCCAGCCCUUGUGAGCCAACGAAAAACCAUAAUGAACGCGGGAAGCUGGCUUUUUAUCGGAUGGAUACUUCAUUACUUGCCUUUUUGGGCAAUGACUCGCAUCCUUUAUUUCCAUCAUUAUUUUCCAGCUUUGAUAUACAGUUCAAUGCUCACAGGAACUACUAUAAAUUAUAUUUUAGAUAGUAUUUUAUUGAUACUACCAGAAAAAAUAGGUAAAACUAUUUAUCACAUUUUACUGGGUUUGGUCGCCUAUGCAAUUAUUUACAGUUUCUACUUAUUUUCGCCAUUGGCAUAUGGCAUUGAGGGUUUACCGGCUACUGACCCAAAAAGUCCUUUACAUUCAUUACAUUGGUUGGAUUCUUGGGAAUUUUAAAAAUUCUCUGUUGAAAAUAGA